AUGGUACGGGAAUUCGGGAUUGGAAAUGGGACGGGACGAGACGGGACAGGACGGGACGGGAAUUGUGCCCACCCCGAGUACUCUUGGCACCGACAAAUCCUCUUCACUAUUUCUGUCUCGACCGUUCUUUUCUCUGAUUGCCACAUUAAUGAGAUUUGCGGAGUUCUUGAGGACCAACAUCCCGUUUCUCUAAAACCAAAAAAAAAACAUCCUGUUUCUCGCCUUCACCCUGCCGGAAUUGGCAACAUAUGCACCAGAUUUUUCUCACCUCAUGUGAAUCUCAUGAUGGCUUUGCAGACUCCUCCUCAUAAGUUUUUGGAUCCGUCGGACUCAUGGUUUACUUCUCAAUCUUUGGCUUGUCUCUUGCUUGAAGUCCCUUUAUCCUCCUCUUACACUCUGCCUCCAGCCAGUUUCUUCGAUUCUCCACCGCUCCUUUCAUCCAAAGUUGCUCCAAAUCGAGACUCUAUCAGCCCGCUAUGCCCUAAGUCUUUCUGA